UAAAAAUGAUGCUCUUAUUUAUCUCGAAUCGUCACUGAUCAUCUGCGACGUACUUAUCUGCAUUAACUUACGUAAUUACGUAAUAACUUUUUCCGCGUUAAUUUAUAUAUUCUAAGAAAUUUAUAAAAUAAUCUAGCAAUAUGCUCAGCAAUUAAUUAAGCUGUCGAAAACAGGAUUAAUUACAAUUUAAAUCGUGAAAUAAAUAAGUUCAAAGUGAAAUAUAACGUAACAAUUGACUAGACUAUAAUUAAUCAUAUUAAGUAAUAGAAAUUUCAAUUUCUAUGAAAAUGCCCUUCUCCAAGUUUACUUUCCUCGUCGUUGUCGCCUUACUUGUCCCCUCUGGGAGGGCGGAUUGGGACGACUUUCUCUGGUCGAAUGAUGACGAGGAAACUACCGAAGUUACCACGACCGAGGGACCAACACCGCCACCGGAAUUUGACCAGGAAAAUAUUUGCGAACACGACGCCCUGACCAUCAUAAUUUUAAAGUUUGUCCUCGAGACGCAAAAACAGAUGAAGGACGGCGUCGUAGCACCCGGCCUUCCGUCCAUGGAACCCUUUCAAAUCCCCAAAAUGGAAAUGGAUCUCGUCGGAACGAAACAUAAUUAUAAUGUGGCGGCAAAUAUCACGGAAAUCGUCAUCACUGGUCUUUCCAAUUUUGAAGUUCAAGAUAUCAAAACCGACGUAAUCGGCAUGUCGGCCAACCUGUCCGUCUAUCUCGAUAAACUAACCGUGUCAGGAAAAUACCACAUAAAAGGCUUCGGUCGGAUGGUAAUUCCCAUCCCGAUUUACGGUAAAGGUCGCGUCGUCAUCGAAUCGCACAAAAUCCAGACCCAGGUCCAUAUCGAAAUUGGUUUUUCCGACGAAGGCGAAUUGGUCCUUAAGGAAUUCGACUUUGGUCUCGGCAUGUCCCAAAUUAACGUGAAAUUUCAAGGCCUCACCGGAUCCAUGAUUACUAAGCGCUGGAACGAAAUAAUUAACUCAAUGGGACUUAAAAUGUUUGCCAAAAUGGAGCCCAAAAUUCACGAUAAGAUUCGAGAACGCAGUAUUCGCGGGAUCAAUAAGGCCCUCCUGGAAAUGAAAUUCGAUUGGCAAAUGUGGCAAGACGUAUUGGCCCAAGUUUUUUCGUGCUACUUUGAAUAACAAAUUUGUAAUUGGUUAUUAUUCAAAAUUUUGAACGCUAAUAUUUCCAUGUUAAUUAUCAGGACUAUUGGUUAUUGUGACUCACACUGUUUGCCCUAAUCUAAUUUAGUGUAGCUACUUAAUCUUACAUACAUACAUUGUUAAUUUUGUUAGGAUCCAAAAUUUUUAGAUUUAGUAAUGUUCCCGCAGGCGUAAAACCAUCGUCAAAUUUUAAUUGUAGAAAUACAAACUCACAAAGUGUA